GAGAGAGAGAGAAUCAAGCGGGCCCAAUCUCCAAACCCCGAUUUCCCAUUGCUAGUGCUGGUGCUGCUCUUGUUCUCCAUGAGAUUCCAAUCGAUUUUCUUGCAUACUGUUUGGAUUGGAGGUGUAGGACAGAAAGGGAGGAGAAGGGAUGGGGAAGAUGAUAAGGGAGGGGGACUGAAGGGAGGUUGUUUCCUUCCUCCUGUUCGGAUUUUCAAAGAUGCAGAAGGGGAGGGAGAUCGACCGAUUUGGAAUGCCUUUUCAACCACCCCAAAUCUGUCCAUUUGCAAUCUCUUGACAAGAGGAGAAGGGGCUCGUAACGUUGUGGGGAAGAUGAUAAUUGUCAUUAAAGAUGCGGAAAAGCAGGAAUUCUGUGCUUCUCCAUUUUUCACUUCUGAAAAGCUCAAAACGCCUUUUCAUCUGCCGGAGCUGUUUGGUACAGCUUGUGAUUCUACAACUGAAAAGGCAUUCUCAGCAGCUCUACCAAAUACAUACUAAGAAGGUUGUUUAGCGCAGUUGAAGUUUUUAG